AACAUUCCCAAAAACUUUCAAACUCUUUUCAUUCUCUCUCUCUCUCUCUCUCUCACACACACACACACACACCCAUACACACACGCGCACACACACACAGAGCGAUAAUCUUUGCUAUCAAUCUAUAGAUGCAUAUGCAAAUUGCAAACUCACCCAUCAAAACCCCUGAAUUUCCUAACCCUAGAUUUCGUGUUACUGUAGAACCUAGCGACAAAGAAUUAUAUCUGUGAUGGAAAAUGUGAAUUUUUGUACAGAAAAUGAAUAUUGACUGCGACAAUCCUGAAUCUUCUUCCUCCGGGAGAUUUCUUCAAACCGUGCGGCCACUUCGCGACCUUGAAUCGAACUGGACCGUCGAUUUGGCUAAGAAUUUGGAGGAAUAUUUACUUAAAAUUUGCUCAGGGCAGAUCUCCGGUGACGAAGAUGCCAUUUUCUCUGUAAACUUUGCCGAAGCUGCAUUGCUGCUUCAGGGAUCUGUGCAGGUGUAUAGUAGGAAAGUGGAAUAUUUGUAUUCAUUGGUUCUUCAUGCUCUAGAAUUCGUUUCCAAGAAUAGUCAAGAAGAUCAAGAACCAAAUGCAUCUGCCCAACGAGGAGCAACUGAUCCACGCACAUCGAAAAAUGAAGCGGAUGAUUCAUUUUGGGUUUCAGACGAAAUACCAGCCGAAGCAAAGGUUUCGCUGGAUAGUGCAUCAUGUAAAGAUGCACCACCCAACCGUUUUGUGAGGCCCCCAGCAAAUCUAGUAGUGCUUGAAGGUGAAUGCUUAGAUGUUGAUGGUGAUGCUGGGGAGCUAGAGUCAUAUCUGUUAGCCACGAGUGAUCUUUACCGGGAUUUUAUUCUGUUGGACUCGGGUGAUGCUAUUGUCGUUAAUGCUUUUCUUGAUUGUAAAGCUGGCGAAGGACCAUCUAAUGUUUACUGGGGUGGCUCUGUAACUUCCAAAGGUCGAAAGAACUUUUUGUCACCAUUAAGAGAAUUUUUGGGAACUGCACAAAAGUUGUCUGUUAAAAAGAAACAGGAUGCUAAUUUACCACCCCAAUCACCUUGUGUUGAUCGAGGAUUCGAAUCUAAUGACUGCAAUGUUGGGUGUUCUCCUGCUUGUGAUUUUCCUGCAUAUGAAAACGAGGGAUUUGGAAUGGAAGAGGGUUACUCAGAACAUGGAGACUUGGAUGGAUCUGAUGUUGAUGAAGAUCCAUGGAAACCUUUGAAUCCCCAUGCACAAGGGAAUUUGAAAGUUAGACCUUAUAAAAAAGUGAAGGCUAAUACGAGACGAGAAAUUCGUUCAAGGAAACAUCGUUCUUUAACUACUGAAUUUCCUCUUGCUAAACUUCGUGGUCCUAUUAGCACUGAACUAACUGAAAUAUGGGAAGCAAAAUUUGGUGCUUCGGAAUCACAAGCUGAUACACUUUAUGACAAGCUGCGGCAAUCACUAGUUUUGGGGGAGAGAAAAACAAAUGAUGCCUUCAAUAGUCCUGAAAAUAGAACCGACGACAAUGGAUAUGAUAGUGGGGAUAGUGGGGGUCCAGAUAUGGCCCCACCAGAUUUUGACAUGCCCGAUAAUGCAUUCGAUAAUGAGGAUGUACCUCCAUUUCAAGAAAAGCAUGAUGAUCCAGAUACUCAUGCAAACCUUGAAGACCUUUGUCGAUCUCACUUGGAUGAUCUUCUUGCUACAUUUACCGAAAAUGAAAAGCAAGCUGAAUUGGCUACUCGAGUUUCUACGUGGAAGCAAAGAAUUGAGCGAAGCUUGGACGAGCAAGAUGCAUGUCCACCGUUUGAUAUUCACAAAUAUGGUGAAAAUGUUCUGAGUAAGCUAACCGUAGAAAGAGAUGGUGAAAAAGACAGCUUGUCGUUUGGAGAUGUAGUCAAGGGUCAAGAGAAGCAUGAUGUUGCUCGAACUUUUUCCGCUCUUCUGCAAUUGGUGAACGAUGGAGACAUUGAUCUGGUGAAAAGCGGCACAAAUGUUACCUCGACUUGCCACUCAGACGUGAAUCCAUUCUUCGUUCGAUUACUAAAAAACAAGAAGAAAAAGGGUAUGCUGCUCCAGUCAACGAAGAAGAGAGCUAAAUCUCCAUUAAUGAAGGGAAAUCCAAAAUCGAAAAGCAGCAGCGAAAAGGAGAAUUCUCCUGCAGUUAACGUUAAUUCAUCACCACCUAAAGGAUCGGCCUCGAGUUGCAGAUUCUCCAUAAAUCUCGGAAAACCCGGCUUAACUAGAUGCACACCUGAAGGUAAGAAGAGAAGAAAAGCCCAGAUAGUUGCACCAUUGGACAUGCAUUUUGUUGGCAAUUAAUUCUUCCACACUUUCAGGAAUUUGGUCUUGAUCUUUUUUUAUUUCCAUUGUAAUUUUAAACCACUGAUGUAACCAAGUGAAAAAUUCAUGUCUGUAACAUUUAUUUUCUGUGUAACUCAUUAGUCAGAUUAUUGCAAAAUAUUAUAUUAUUAGGCAAUGCAGAAGUUAGGUUCUUGUUUUAUCUAUUUGAAACCAUAAUUGCAACAUUAUCAAAAUGUAUUUAUUUCAUUGACCACUGU